GUUGCAACGCAAAAUUGUGAUCGCCGAAGGCCAUUUCUUCUCCUAGCUUUCGCCUGCGAGUUUUCCCUCCUCACAGCUUUGUCAGUUCUCUCUCUCUCUCUCUCUCUCUCUCUUCAAUGGACUCCUACAGUUCCCUUCUCGACAGACUUCGAGUUCCUCAACCGUCACUUCAGAGGCUGGCAGUAAUUUCAGUUUUCGAGAAGCUCAGGUCGUCUCCUUCCCACCUCAACGCCGACUCUAAUCCCGGAGGAGAAGCCAUCUCCCAGUGCCUUCUCUCCUCCUCUCCUUCCGUCGUCGACCAAUCAGUUCGCGAGCUCUGUCGCCUCGUGACGGAUUCUAAAAUGGACAUCUCCCGCGGGUUAUUGGAGCUUCAAUCUGCUCUCGAAGGCUCCGACUCGCGCUUUGUCCAGCUCUUCGUUAAAGCGCUUGGAUUUCUCGUUCGCUUUGGCUUUCAAAACAACAAUUCUGCAUUUCGGUUCAAUUCCACAGAAACUCAUCCUUUCGUUAAGGUUCUUGCGUGUCGGCCGGAGGUUCAGUCCGAGCUAGUACACCAAGUUUUGCUGUUUAUUACGGAGAAUAAGCGGUUCGGAAUGACGGAAGUUUGUGAAUAUUUGAGGCCUUUUUUGAAUUUUUCGAUUUUAAGGAUACCAUUUUCUUCAGAGUCGUCAUCUUCUUUUUUUGUGAGGACUUUAAUAGCGUCAAUGGCGUCGCUUUGCUGUUCUCUUACUUCGGACGCAAUGCCCAUCUUCAAGCUAUUAAUCGGAUGCUCAAGAUAUUAUCCAUGCAGGAGUGCUGAGGUUUUUAGGAAUUUUAUCUAUCUGGAGGAAAAUAUGGUGGACUCAUAUAUUGUAGUUUUGAGGCAAGUGGUAGUAAAUGAACCUUCGGAACUGAUUAAGGAGGCUCAAAGAUGUGGCAUGGAACUGCUGGAGAUUAUUCUAUCGCCAUAUACAGAUCUUUGCAGGCAGACUGAUGGGAGGGAGGCUGCUGUUGAACUAUCAAAACGCUUAUUGGUUGCUCAGAAAGAUCUUGGCUUGCCAUAUUUGCCCAAAAUGUUAUCAGCUGUACAGUCCUUGUUUGUUACUGUCAUUCAAUCUGAGUUAGAACAUGAACAACUUUCUAUCAUAAAACUUCUUAUCUUUCUUUUGAAGUGGAAAACCGAAACUGAAUAUGUUGUUAGAGAUGGAUGUGAACUGAAUGAAGAGUUUUUACUUAUUUUUCCUGUUAUCAACCUUAUGUCAUCCCCUUCAAAAUGUGUUAAAGGAGCAGCAACUGAUUUGCUUUUUAUAUUGGAAAAGCUCUUGAGAAAUUUGUUGAUAACACCAAAAAAAGAGAUGGCCCUGCAAGGGGGAUUGUCAGCUAUCAGCAGACCAGAGUCAAUUGUGUUUCGUCUUUUGCAACAUCUGUGGUUUCAGGAUCAAUUUCCCUCAUGCAGGUAUUUCUUUGUUAAUUUUGUUUCUUUGGGUAGAACUGACAACAAUGAAAUGUACAAUGGGCCAAAAUCAUGGGUUUACAAAUUGAGGGAAUACUCGCUAUGGAUUGCUGAAAGACGAAAAUCUUCUCUACCUAUCUCUUGCUCUCAAGAAGUUUUUCUAGCUGAAAUGCCAUUCUUACUAGGUGCGAUUGCUGGUGUUUUGGUCAUGCAUCAUACACUGGGGACUAUUGUUGUAGAUUCUUUGGCUGCUAUUGGUGUCCUGGAACCUAAGCUGGGAGUUUCAUUGUUGUUAGCUAUUCUGUUCUAUAACAAUAUAUUCUCCAAUAAGAAUAUUAUGUACCAUGAUAUGUCACUAAAACUUUUGGGAUUGCUGCCAUCACUCGCUUCUCAUUCUGUGAUGAUUCCACUUGUAGUUCAGACUAUCAUGCCAAUGCUUCAGAAGGAUGCAAAACCAGUGUUAUAUGCGACAGCCACUCGCUUGCUUUGUAAGACGUGGGAGAUAAAUGAUCGUGCCUUUGGGAGUUUGCAAGGAGUAUUGCUUCCAAAAUGGUUCACUGAAUUCAUGUCUGAGAGAAACAUCUGUAUUAGUAUUGCUGCUUCAAUUCGGGAUGUUUGUAGAAAUAACCCUGAUAGGGGUGUGGACCUUAUCUUGUCUGUUUCGGCUUGCAUUGAAAACUAUGAUUGUGUUAUUCAAGCUCUUGGUUUUCAAAGUCUUGCGCAUCUUUGUGAGGCUGAUCUAAUUGACUUCUAUACUGCCUGGGAUGUUAUUGCAAAGCAUGUGCUAAACUACUCUGCAGAUCCAGUUGUUGCCCACAGUGUAUGCCUUCUUUUAAGAUGGGGUGCAAUGGAUGCUGAAGCAUAUUCCGAAGCUUCAAGGAAUGUUUUGCAAAUUUUGUGGGAAGUUUGUACUGCUGGACACCUUGGUCGUGCUUCUCUAUGGAUAAAGGCACGGGCCUCAGCCUUUGAGGCAUUAAGUCAUUAUGAGGUAUUCCAUAUUGAAAAAUGCAUUCCAGAUUUUAGGAGAAGGAACAUCGAGUUACUUAUUUCUGAGACUAAUACUGAAAUACUUGGGGCCAUGGAAGGAUUUGAAGUCAAGAUUCUGAUGCAUGAGCACCUAACUCGGCGGAGACUGGUAAAGGAGAAAAGGGUAACUGGACACAAGAUUGAGAAGUUGCUGAAUGUGUUACCCCAGGUUAUUUUCUCUUCAGGGAAAAACAGAAAUGCUAGAGACCUACCUGGUGCAGCUCUGUUAUGCUUUCCCUUCACUCCUAAAGAUGUGAGCAAACAGGGCGUUUCAAAGGGAUUUCGAGAUGUGCUUACUGCUUAUGAGAGUGCCCUAGUGGAUAUUGCAGCAUCUCUUCAGCUCUCAAGAAAUAUUUUGGUUGCACUUUUUUCUCUGCAAUCCUGGAAACCGUUCAUGCAACGCUGGAUGAGAGCUAGUAUAUUAUUUCUAAAUGCUAAAGCACCGUCUGCUGCAUUGGAUAGGACUUCUAAAGCCGCUGAUGAUAUUAUGAAGAGUAUGAGACGGAUUGCUGAGGAUUCCAUCCCUAGAUCUGCUGAAAACAUUGCACUAGCAAUGGGUGCACUUUGCAGUGUCUUGCCUCCAUCUGCCCAUGCAGUUAAAUCAGCUGCUUCAAAGUUUCUGCUGAAUUGGUUGUUCCAGUAUGAACAUGAGCAUCGCCAGUGGUCGGCUGCUAUUUCUCUCGGAGUGAUUUCAAGUUGCCUACAUGUAACUGAUCAUAAGCAGAAACAUGAAAACAUCACUGCACUUGUCAAGGUUGUGUGUGAUAGCAAAAGCACCUUUGUCAAAGGAGCCUGUGGAGUUGGCUUGGGUUUUUCAUGCCAAGAUCUUCUUAGGAGAGUUGAAACUGUGGAUGACUUUGACUUGGACCAAGAAACCCACAAGGUGCAGGAAAUGGACUUGCUAGGAAAGAUAGUUAGGACCUUAUCUCUGAUGAUAUGCCAGCUUACUCAAUCGUCAACUGAUCAUUUACGUAGUGUUGCUGCAUAUUUCCCACCAUCUGCAUAUGAUGUAGGUACUGAUACUAUCUUUGAGUCAUCAAGUAAAAAAUGUGAUGACUUGGAGGAUGAUAUAUGGGGUGUUGCAGGACUUGUCCUGGGUUUGGGGAGCUCUGUUAGUGCGGUAUUUAGAGCAGGAGCACGUGAUGCUGUGCUUAAGAUAAAGGCUUUAAUUAUAGCAUGGUUUUUGCAUGUAAAUCAUUCUGUUUCUGAUUCUUGUAAUGAAAGGAAUGGGAGUGUUUUAUCUGUAGGAUCCUGUCUUGUGCUUCCCAUUGUGGUGGCUUUCUGCCAGAGAGUUGAACUGAUGGAUGACAAUGAGAUAGGGCAUAUACUCAAUGGCUUUAGAGAGCUCAUUUCUGAACUACUUUCUAUUAAAAAGUCUGGUAUCUUCCAUCAGAGCUUGUUGAUGGCAUCUUGCGUUGGGGCUGGAAGCCUGCUUGCCUGCAUUUUGAAUGAAGGGGUGCACUCUGUUGAAGUCGAAGAUGUGAAAAGUUUAAUGGAUUUGUUUAGAAAAUGUUACUCUAAUUUUUACCCUCCUUCCAUUCAUUUGGGUGGGAUGCUUGGAGUUGUUAAUGCAUUUGGAGCAGGUGCCGGGACUUUGGUUCAUUUUUAUCCUUUGACCUCCUUUUUGAUGACCAGCUAUGCACAAAGGGAUUCUUCUCAUAUUAUGGGUCCCCUACUUUCAAACCCUGCAUGUGAGCCGCAUUUGACAUCAUUAAUACAAGAGAUAUUUCUUGUUGCACAAAAUUCUGAGGACCAUCAACUGCAACAAUAUGCGGCAUGGGCAGUUUCGUUUCUUAGACACUGUUUCUGGGUCAAAGAAUCUCCAAUUGAUGAUGGCAGUUUUCAAACUGAUGCUGUGGGUUCUAAGCCUGUUUCUCAAGGGAUUUCUGAUGACAGUUCAGUCAUGAAGCUCAGUUUAUGGCUAACGAAUCAUUCAGGGGAGGGUGCUUUCUCAAAUGUUAACACAGUGGUAACUGUCUUAAGGUGCCUUUCACGAGCUCCCAGGCUGCCAGUCUUGGACUGGGGAGCAACUAUGAGACGCUGCAUGAGGUAUGGUGCUCAAUUUGCUGAGAUGCUGUCGUCAGAGUCCGCUCUUAAGAAAGUGACACUGUGGGAAGAAUGUCUAAACUUCUCAAUAGCUCAUGCCAGCCAAUUUGAUGCACUCUUAAGCUUCCUUGACGAGCUAUCUGACCUGUACCGGUUCUGUUCACUUGAACUGAAUCUGCAGUCAUGCAUCCUAUCUCAUCUUGCAGACCUGAUGAAAACAUUUUCAAGUUCCAGGCUUGAGAAACUAUUUAGCGACACAGCUGACUACUUAUGUACUUCAGUUUCUUCUUUCCAUGGGCAUGAUCCUAAUCAGAAAAGCCUGCUGCGAGUUUCUUGCUGGAAAGGUCUCUGCCAGUGUCUGGAUGAUGUUUCUCUUGACUCUACUGAUUACAGACCAUACAUUGAAAAGUGCUUGGAGGUUCUCUUUUUCUCAUUGCCUGCAUUGCAAUGUACUGCCGUCUUAGGGGUGCAUCAGGUGAAUUCUGUUGAGGAGUGGUCCGAGGCAGUUAGAUGUUUAGGGAAGGCUCGGGGGGAAUGGUUAUCAAAAUUUCUGCAGGUGGAUCUAUUGCAUGGAGAUGGCCAGAUUAUUGAAGUCGUAAAGAAGAUCCAAGCAAAAGCCAAGCUUGUUAUGAUGGGUUCCAUCCCACCAACUGAUCUGGGACAACUGAAAGCUUGUAUAUUGAACAUUGAAUCACAUGUUAUUUGGGAUGCGCAUGUUGAAGUUGUAGCAGCUUUGCAACAUGCAGAAGGAAGUGUCAAGAGGCAUUGGCUGGUUGAUGCUGUAGAGAUUAGCUGCAUUACAAAUUACCCUUCCACGGCACUGCAAUUCCUUGGUUUACUAGCUGGUAGCUUGUGUAAAUAUAUGCCCCUUCUGAUUCUGGACCGACGUGCAGUGUUAAGUGAUCUGCCUGUCACCCUUCCUUCUCUUUUUUCAGACCCCAGUUGGGAGGUUAUUGCAGAGCCUGUGGUUUCCCAUCUUUUCGAAUCAACGAAGCGCGUUUACCGUUGGGCUGGACUCGCUGAUUCCAGUGAUGACGUGCCUGGCCUGCACCCCAUACAUGACUCUGAGAAGGAGAUGGCUGUAUUUCUGAUGCAUGUGUUGCAUCAUACCUGUGUUUUAUUGAAAGACUACUUGCCUCUUGAGAAGCAGCUUCGGCUUGCCAACAUGGUACUGGCCUGAGAUUUGAGCACUCCUUGAAAAUGUGCCUUUCGCCUCAUGGUCGCCGACUCGGUGAAGUCAUUGGAUCAAUUGGACUGUUGGUUGGCUUGGUCAAUUGGCGAUCUCCCACCCCACGCGCACAGGCACAUGAUCAGAUAACUAGUCUAUACUUUCAGGUCUUCAUGAAAAUCGCAAUUAAUAAGCUAGAAAUUGUGAACGUGGGCUUACACCUUGAGCAUUUUUCUUGUAAUUCAUAUACUGUACAAAAAAAGGGACAAAUGAUGGAAUAUUGCCUCAAGAUUGUACAACUGGAGUUAAAAUCCAAGACUACACGUUAAAUUAGAAGAGGUGAAGAUGAGUUAGUUAGUGUAGUUAUAAUUAGUAAGUUAGUUAGCUUCUUGAUUCUUGUAUUGUAUAAAUACAAUCAUGUACUCUGUAUUUGUGAUAUAGAAAAAUAUUUUUCAGUCCAUGUAAAA